AUGACACACGCUGAGCGUCUCAAAGCGUCUUCACCACCCUCCUCGCAUGAUGGCGACAGCCUGCACGAAUGCUUCUCGUUGGCUCCACCGAUGGUGGCCUGCCUGGUGCGCCACAUCGACCGUGCAUUGGGGGCGGUGACCACCCCGCCUGCUGUCGAGCGUUGCGUUGUGGAGCUACAGGCCUUCUUUCAGCCCUACAUUGCCGCCAGCCGGGUGGUGGAAAACUGCAUCCCCGGAAGCAAACUGCGGCUGCAAUUUGGCAAGGCGAUGGAUAUCAACACCGGUGCCAGCUCUUCGCUGCUCAAUGUGUACAUCCUCGCCGUAGACCAGUCGUACUCGCGCCCCCGUCUGCUAACGCACGUUGCGAGGCGGUGGCGCGCGCUCUUAGAAGGCGUAGGUCAGGAAGGACAUGCUUUGGUGAUGUUGUAUCAUCAGGACCUCGUCAACGCGGCAAGCUUCAGCGCCCACAGAGCCUCAGGAGUCGCGGCUGACGCCGAUGGGACGAAGCGACCGGACCAACUGAAGGCGGACGCCGCCGUGGCGGCGUUGGAGCCGUACUUUGAGGAGCUUAAGGCACUUCGGUUUGCGCCGCAUCAGAUGUGUGCGUACCUUCCGAACGAGGCUCCUAUCCGCGUCCUGGAACGACUGCGAGCGGCGUUUGUGGAGCGGACCACGCGGCUCACGGCGGCGUUUGAUGGCUACCAGCAGCGCCACCUGCACCCCGCACGCACCGACAGCAACAUCAGUGGUCACGGCAUCUGCGUCACAGCGGCGACGGUGGAUGUGUGGAACCUGCACGAGUGUUGGCGACGCGGAUAUGACUUAGCGAGGCACCUCUUGCAGCUUGGUGUGGUCAAGGAGGCCAGGAAGGUGUUUGCAAGAAUGUUUUGCCUGUACUAUUACCACUCCGAGGACUACGGCUUUGUUAAGAGUAAGGCGACCCUCACGCGGUUGGGGAAGUUUUCCAACUUAUUUGACCCUAAAGCAUUUUCUGCUGGUCGUAAUGGCUACCCGUCGGUGCUGUUAGACGAUGCGGAGAUGUUGGAGGGGCUCCUCUUCAUCGUGGCGUGUGAAAUGUGGUGUGCGCUGCAGCUUGGACUUCGCAAUACCGCCUUCGCGCGGUACAAGGAGUUUCUGCAUGUGGCACGGGAGAAGUUUACGGAGGAGACAAACUCGAAAGUCACAGACACGUGGGAGCUCAUCUUCCUGCUUCGCUGCACCCUCUCUGCGAUGCGGCUCAACUGGUACGUUGCCAGGCCGGAAAUUAGUGGAAGUGACACGGUAUUGUCGCCCAGUCCGCGGAAGGCUGCCCCGCACCACCACCACCACAUCUAUCAGGAAGAGGAGGAGGAGGUGUGCCCGCCAAAACCGCGUUGGCUCAGUCAGGAGCGCUCUGACGUUUUAUCCGUCCCUCUGAUGAACGAAUGGGACAUCGCCGCAACGUCGCCCAACCUGGACGCUAGCUUGUCGUCCUUCACUGUGGAUGCUGGGGAGGAGGCAAAGGCUCAACGAAGUGCGGACGAAGGUGGAGGAACGAUAGCUGAGGAAGCUUCAAUGAAUGUCACACGUAUGGCAAUGACAGAGCGACUGUUGGCGUUGUGCCACACUCUUCAGGUGGAUUGGUGCUCUGAGUCGCGCUGGAUGUGUCAACUGCUCGCCAAACUCGCUACGGCUGCGUUGGAGUAUCUUACGGAUCUUGCAGCCAUCAUUGGCUAUCGCGAAACGGGCGAGGUGAUUGCCCCAUUACCGUCUACGUCGCCACCGCCGGCAGUCUCCGAAUUUGGGAUGCCAGAGCUCGCCUCAGCUGCAGCCUUUGCAUCGUUUUACCGCACACUUACGGAGACGGCUGCGAUUGGGCAUUUUCUACUGGGCGACCGCCACCUUGAGCACGCCCUGUACUACAGGUGUGCACUCUCGCACCGCAUUGAGAACCCCGCCGUUACGGCCGAGCUAUGUCGGGAGCGUCUUAUUCCAUUUUGCCUGCAUCACGGCUGGCUGCAGCUUCAGACUGCGGUGCAUUGCCUGUUUGUGGAAUCCAUGGAUCGCGUCAUGCAGCAGCGCGAAGCACUAAGCCAGUCGCCGCUAAACUGCGAGGAGGCGGCGGGGUUGAAGGAGUCAAUUUUGUAUAUUAUUGGCGCUCUUCACGAGCGUGGGGCGUUGCUGCAAGAAAUUCAGGUUCUUUGUGGGAGGCGGUCCCCGGAAGAGUGGUGGCGGCGCCUGAAGCAGGUCGAUAGCAAAUGGAAGAACUGCAAUGAAGCGAAGGAUGAAGCAAGUUAUAGUAUCUCGCGGUUAUUGAGAGAUCCCCAUGCCUUCUGCUUGUACUCUGACUCUCUGCUGGAGGCGGCAACACAAAGUCCGGACGAAAUAACCUCCGCAGCGACGAUGGCAACAACGGGGGAGGUGGAGUCUGUGCCUGCGUCCCUAGGCAUGCGAGGAACACUUGGUGAAACGGUUUUGGUGUACUUUACUGCCACCUGCCUUGUGGACAUUUUGGGCCUUGAGACAGACGAGGAACAGGAAGGGUGCCGCCUCACACCUACAGCGGUGCUUGCGUCAAAGAAGGAUUGGGUGGACGCGGAGGAGCCGAUGCAUAUUGUGGAUGUCACCAAAGUUGUGUCUUCCUCCUACAACGCAGAGAAGGGAUGGCUUCAGUGGGCGUGGGAGUUUCGGCCAUGUCGAGCCGGGGAGUACUACCUGCUUUAUAUCACGCUGCGUGUGGGUGCGACAACGCUGGUGUACCUGCAUGACCAAUCGGUAACGUUAUCGGGUGGUGGCCUUAACACCGCCGCCACCGCCGCCGCGGAUGACGUCUCUAGUAGUGUUGAGGCAACGCCGCGGUGCUUGCUUUCUGUGCCUGAGCCAGACAUUGGCAUCAAACUGUUCGUGCUGCCGCCUGAUGAGUCCCACUGCUUCGGCGACACACUCAAUUUCUUUAAAGUUUACGUGGAGGUGGAGCAGCCACUGGAGCCUCCGCGGAAUACCACAACCGUCGCUUCAGUGUCCUCCGCUGCCUUAGCGAGAGAGGAGGCCGGGGGUUGCAGGAGUUGCCUCUUUGAGAUGGCCAUCCCACCGGGCUCAGUUACUGCCACGAUGACGACCGCACUACAUUCCUCGGGUCAGUGGGAUUCAAAGCAUCCUUUUGUGUCAGAAGCAACACAGGCGCCAGAUCCCAGUACGUUGGCACUUAUUUGCGUCAAUCGCCCCAGGCGGCACACGGGGUCUCGCACACCCGCCACUGUCAGCGCGCCGACACUGAAAAAUGUGAAGGAGGGGACGCUACUGUACGAUACGGCGGCAUCCCGCCACACUGAGGUUGAUCCCGUCGCCAACUCCGUGUUGGGUAGUUCGAAGCUGAACCCGUUCCAUUUUGCCGUCUCCAUUGCCGAUGAAAAGACAGGUGCCUCAACUGAUGUUCCCGUGAAUGAAGACUUUAUCAUGUCCCACCUUCCACCGCUGCUCCGCAGUAGUGGCGGCAAGGGCUCCGUCUCUGAUGAGGCUGGCACGGGAGAACGAGUUGCGUCUAUGCAUCUGGAAGGCAGUAUUGUAACAAACCCACGACAGCAAUGUUGUUUUAGAAUAUGCCUUGACAACAGCGAGCAGCAAGAGGGGGCUGAAGGGGGAGACGCGAAUCUUGGCAAAGUGUUGGAGGCGACCCGUCUUGAGUGUCAGCUGCCUGUGCUACCCAUAUUUAUGUCCAGCACCGAUGACUGUGCGCAGGUGUCACUUUGCUGUCAGCGUAACAUGGAGUCAAGCACCACAAGUAUGCUUGUGCCCUUUCGCUUUGCUCAGGCCUUUACGGUUACAUACGUCUUUAAAUGCGUUCAAAGCCGCGUCUAUUGUCUUGUGCGGGUGGAAAACGUGCUUAGGAAGACCUCACUCUGGAUGCGUGGUGCGUUGCUUGAGCUGCUAGACACGGAGGGCUAUUACAAACUCACUCGGGUCUCCUCCACGCACGAGCGCCUCAUGUUGCGUGAGUGGAAACCGCAUGAGACGAUGCAUCUGUUCUUUGAACUCACCUCUUUUUCUGAGCCAUGUUCCCGUGAGAAGGAGGUUUGUCAUCGUGUGCGACUACAAUUGAUGUACUCCAAUUGGUCGCUGGCGUCCGGGAUGAUGCCGAUGGAGGCGCACAUUCUGCGCCCAAUUUCCGUCAGUUCAGCACCCUCCUCUUAUGUCACUACCCCGGAGAGAAUUUCGUUGGCUGCCGUGGCGUCUGUGGAUGCGAGCGCCGACGGAGCGUCGGAGAUGCGCCAACCGUACGCAGGGAGACACUCAGUCUGCAGUAGUGCCCUGGAACGAUCAAUCUGUUUUGCCAAGCAGCCACAAUUCUGCUUCAACUCUGUACAGUUGGAGAAUUUGCGGGCAACCUGUAAUACGUUUCAUGCUCCUGUAGGGACUUUUACGUCGAAGCACUCUUGUUUGUUUAAUGUCAUUAUUUUUGUGGAUCCGAAGCAUCUUCCAGAGCUCGCUGAGAACCAGCAGGGGUUGGCAGCAGCCGCAACCAGCAAAGCACCCUCCUUGUCAGCAGACCUCAUUGAGAUGAUUUGCAAGGAUUCCUUGGAGGGCGCUCCAACCCCUAUUGGGGCCUCGCCAGUGGAUCUUCCGGGCGGCUCUGUCUUUCCUGUUGGCGAACCCAUUCGCUUCUCGGUGGCGUUGGAGCCACUUGCACACAACUGGCCAGAGACAUGUGUCGGUGAGGAGGAGUUUUUGAUUACCUUUAAGGCCGACCCCGCGGCGUGGCUGGUGAUCGGGAAGCAACGACUCCGCCGCGUGCUUUCCAUGAUGGAGGACGAGACGUUGUACUUCACGGCAGUGCCCGCACCUACGCCCCUGGGCACCUCCGCCGAACGCGAGGCGGGCCGUCUGACGCAGGAGCGAGACGACGACCAACCGGAGCUGCAUGUGCAGCAGCGAGUUUCAAUUGUUGCAACACCCACCGUUGAGAUUCAUUGGGUCUCACGCGGGGACACGAGCGGAGAGGGGACGCUCGUGGAGGACACCACCGUGGCCAUUGACGUGGUGCAGUUCCGCACCUCGAUGCGCAUCCGGCACUGA